UUUCAAAAAUAAUAGCGUACACACCACCCUUAGAAAGCUGUAAGCACCCCAUGUAUUGAAAGUUUUUUAUUUAAACUUAACGGCUACAUUUUACGGUUCAACUUCCGUUAACCGCGGCUAACUUCAUUUAGCUAGCUCUGACAGGAGACCUAGGCAAGGAAACAACAGACAUAUCUGCGGUUAGCUGAGCGUUAGCUCUUCGAUCACACAGACGGAAACAUGGUGCCCGCUGCGGUUCUCUUUAUUUUAACGGUCGGGUCUGUCUGUGGACCAGCUGCAACAGAAAAAACACUAGUUUAUGUGACUGUGCUGUUCCGGCAUGGUGACAGAUCACCAGUCAAAGCCUAUCCCACGGACCCGCACCAAGAGAGCGACUGGCCACAAGGCUUCGGACAGUUAUCACAGGAGGGGAUGAGGCAGCACUUUGACCUGGGCCAGUUUCUGAGGAGUCGAUACAACGGAUUCCUCAACGCAUCCUAUGACAGACAUGAGAUCUCAGUCCGCAGCACAGACUACGAUCGCACCCUGAUGAGCGCCGAGGCCAACCUGGCAGGUCUCUACCCCCCCAGUGGCCCGCAGGUCUUCAAACCCAGCCUGAGGUGGCAGCCAAUACCUGUACACACUGUGCCACAAAGUGAAGAGAGGCUUCUCUCGUUUCCUCUGGGAGACUGUCCUCGCUACAAACAGCUGAUGAAUGAGACUGAGCACACACAGGAAUUUAUUAAUGUCACCACCAAGUACCAGGACAUCAUAGAGCUGGUGAGGAAUAAAACAGGACUGAACAAGACCAAUGUGGAGUCAGUCUGGAGUGUGUAUGACACACUCUUCUGUGAGUCCAUUCACAACAAGUCAGCUCCUGACUGGGUGACUCCUGAUGUGAUGGAAAAGCUCAAAGUGCUCAAAGACUUUGGAUUUCAGGUCAUAUUUGGGUUCUACAAACAACAGGAGAAGAGCCGGCUGCAGGGAGGUAUCCUGUUGGGCGAAAUAGUGAAGAAUCUCUCCAAGAUGGCCGCCCCCGACCCAAAACAGCGACUCAAACUGAUGAUGCUGUCAGCGCAUGACACCACUGUAGCUGCUCUUCAGGCCAGCUUGAAUGUGUUCAAUGGAAAACAGCCACCAUACGCUUCCUGUCAAAUAUUUGAGCUGUACAGGGAUGACAACGGCUCUGCCUCUGUGUCCAUGUUUUACCGGAACGACAGCACAGCGGCUCCGUACCCGCUGCAGUUACCAGGCUGCUCCCUUCACUGCCCCCUGGAGGACUUUGUGAGAAUUACAAAGCUCUCUAUCUCAGACGACAGGGACAAAGAGUGUCAGCUGCCCUCUGAAGGGAGAGAUAAAGAGGUGAUCAUCAGUCUGGCGGUGUCCGGCUGUCUGCUCUUCUUCCUCAUCGUCCUCCUCCUCGGGAUUAUUUGUUGGCGGAAAGAACCAACCAGCAGCCGGGGAUACCACCAUGUGAUCAACCACGAGGUGGGAGAGGAGUCCUGACAGAAGCACAAGCUCCUCCCUCGUAGAUCUUCAAGCCUGGCGUCGUGGGACAGCAGCGAUGACGACGAACUCUGAAACUCCACGGUGACCUUUUGUGAUGGCGUCAUCGCCGCUGGUUCGGGACCCACUAUGAUUUUUUUUUUAAAACUGGGAACUAAGAAACAUUUGAAAUUAUGAUUUUAGGAAAAGUCUUCUAUCAUCACUCUAAACUAAAGAGUGAGAAACUGCUGGAGGGACCAAGACAACACAGCAGGGAAACUUUUUUAUAUCCAUCACUUUGUCAUUUAAAGUAGCUGCUGUGUUCCCACAUGGUUCAACCUCCAAUCAGCUGCUUAAGUUCAAGAUUAAUAUAUGACCCAGAUUUCUGCCUGGUCAGUCUGGGCUUUUUAAACAGUUCAAUGAGAAAGUCAAUGAGAAAAAUUGUGAUGAAGUUAAAAGUUUAAAUAAUUUCAUAAUGAUCUGGAAACUUCUCGGUAACGUCAUUGGGAGAAAAUGUUCUUAUCUUUUUAGUGUUUUACGUCACCAUCUCCCAGCAGGUCCGAUUUUUCAUAAAAUCCUUUACUUAAUUAUAGAAGACCGGAGUUGUUGACUUAAUUAAAACUUAAUUAGUUAAAGAUGUUCAUCCCCAGUUUCCAGAACUGGUUUUUAAUGGACAAGAUUACAUUUGGGGUGUGUGUGUGUGUGUGUGUGUGUGUGCUGUGUGUGUGUGUGUGUGUGUGUGUGUGUGUGUGUGUUUUAACUCUGAGGCCUAACAACCGAGAUGCCUUCAAUAUUUUUAAUAACAGAUUUUGUUUUUUUUGUUGAUGUUACCAACGUUUUGUCGGAUGGUGCUGAUCAUUGAGAAAGAGCCUUGUGACAGAAAGCGUCUCCUCCCUUGUGUCCUUUUAGCAAAACACUAAAACACCAGCUCAGUGUGACUCGUUUGACCUUUGACCUCCUGGAAGAGGGAAAGCAAAGGGUUUCACCAAGAAUCAAAUCAGACUAGCGAUCAUAUCAAUGACCUUCUUACAGGUAUGAUUUCAGUUUUAUUCAUCUUCCAGUGAAAACGUUUUUGAAUAGUGAAUAUCUGGGGACUUUGGAAACACUGGAAACUCUUACAUGUGUGUUUUUGAAUUUCAGCCUUUUUAAAAAGUCAGCUUUCGAUUAUUUGAAAUAUAAAAACAUGUUACGUCUUUUGAAGUUGGCAUCUAACACUAAAUGCUUUAAGUGCGCUUUCUUUCUACAACCUUCAGCUCAUGCUGCUGUUGAAAGUUUUUAGUUUUAUACAACAGGAGAUGAUGGUUUCUUUGUUUGCUUUGGGACUAUGAUUCAAAAACAUAGAAAAAUGUUAAUAUAUUACAAAUAAGUAUAAAUCCUAAUGCAGCCAUACAGGGAUCAGAUUUUUCUGUAAGUCAGGAUCCAGACUCUGGACUGUAAAGGAAUUUGCACAUUGUUGAAAUCAUCAUUGUGUUCAGGUACGUCAAACAUGGAGAACACAUUAUUUGCUUGUUUCAAUUGUAAUAUUCAACACAAUGGAGAUUAUUUGUCAGUAUUGCGUGUCCCCACUCUGGAUUACCAUUUUAUUUCAUUGUCUUUCAUGCUGUAUGAACCGAUUGAUCAGACUUUGAGAAUGUGCUUGUAAAAUGUUAUUUUGGAACAAUAAACGAUCAGUCUUUGCAAAGCUUGUUAAUAAAUAAAAUAUCUUCAUGUUA